UCAGGAAUACCUUUUCUAGUGAUCUGGUGGGAAAUUCAUUCUACUAUCACGGACAGGGGAUCCGAUCCAGAGCAUAUCAUCGUUUGCUCCGCCAUUGCUUUGGACGUGAGAGUUGAGUGAGAAUAUGACGUGUGCUGGUCCUCCUGGGACAGUGGACGGAUAAAUGCACCACUAUUACAAGAACCUAAAUGUACAACUACUGUGCCGGUCUCCCUGGACCUGGACGGUUGGAUAAAUGCGACGCUAUUGGGUACAGGCGUACAGCUCAACUGCAUAAGAACCAAAAUACAACCCUUCCCACUUCAGUCAUUUCUUGUCAUUGCCUGGGCCUUGUUUGAGUUCUGCUGUUGUUCGAUUUCCAUGGCUGCUCACAGACUUGCUGUGAUCAUCAAGAACCCUCUGAACGAGGAUGAAUUUCUCCUUGUAAGGCAGAACCGGCCACCGAAAUUUCGGGACGAUGAAUACGACUCCUAUGUUGAUUCCGAUCUCUGGGACUUGCCUUGGGCUUCAUUGACUCCUUUGGACAGAGAAGAUUCUCAAUCUAAAUUCGUUGUUGAAGGAGCAGAAUCUUGUUCUGAUAAGCUCAAUUUGAUGAAGUUUAAUGUCGAUUCGGCUCUCGACCAGAUCUUUUCACAAUUGGGUUUCCGAGGACCGACUGGUGGGCACUGGGCGCUCUGGAAGUAUGUAGAGGAAGCUGAUUUUGGCCCAGCGCCUCAGCUUAAUACAGUCUUCAUCCUUGGGAAGUUGACAUCGGAAGCUGAAAAUGGCAAAGGGGUAUCUAAGUGGAUGUCUAUUCCAAGUUGCCUAGAGUUUCUUUUGGAGGUGAAUCCAAAUAAUGAUCGUGUGGGACCUCUAGUAGGUGUUGGGCUUCUAACUAAUUUGGUUCAUUCUAGAAUGCUAAACGUUCCAUCACCCUUGCGCUACCAGGAGUACCCACCUGGCAUCACAAUUGUACCUAUCGAAAGUAGAACAGCAAAGCCUUUCCGUACAACAAAUUUGGUUGUAGUUGCACCUGAUAUUGUUAGUAGUAGCCGUGUAGAUGCAAGUUUUUCUGCUUAUGGAGAUGCCCUAAUAAUGGACCCAGGGUGCCACUCAAAAUUCCAUGCAGAGCUCAUGGAAAUUGUUGCUGCUUUGCCAAGAAAAUUGGUGGUCUUUGUUACUCAUCACCAUCAUGAUCAUGUUGAUGGUCUUUCAAUUAUCCAAAAAUGCAACCCUGAUGCAACUCUAUUGGCACAUGAAAAUACCAUGCGUCGCAUUGGAAAAGGUGAUUGGUCUCUUGCUUAUACCUCAAUAUCAGGAGGUGAAGAGAUUUGCAUUGGUGGUGAAAGGCUGAAAACAAUUUUUGCUCCGGGACAUACAGACGGUCACAUGGCUCUGCUUCAUGUUAGUACUCACUCACUGAUUGUUGGGGAUCAUUGUGUAGGUCAGGGAAGUGCUGUCCUGGACUUCACUAAUGGUGGGAACAUGAAGGAGUAUUUCCAAACAACCUACAACUUUUUGGAGCUUUCGCCACAUGCCAUAAUUCCGAUGCAUGGGAGAGUCAACCUAUGGCCAAAGCACAUGCUCUGUGGUUAUCUCAAGAACCGCAGAAAUAGGGAAUCAUCCAUCUUGAAAACCAUAGAAAGUGGUGCAGAAACAUUAUUUGAUAUAGUGGCGAAGACAUAUGCUGAUGUUGAUCCCAGUGUUUGGUUUGCUGCUUCUUCAAAUGUGAGGCUUCAUGUGGAUCAUCUUGCAGUUCAAGACAAGCUUCCUAUGGGCUUCUCUUUGGAAAAGUUCAACAGCAGUUGUUUUGCAUUUGCUGCCAAGGGAUUCUCUAUCCAAAAGUUUCAGAGGACUUUUGGACUACAUUUUCUAUCCCGAUGGACAUGGGCGUGCCUGAGAAGCAAUCUAAUGCCGAAGGAUCAGAUCCAUAGGACAAUAACACUACAUACGGCCACUGCAGUGGUUGGUUUUGCUGUAUUUUAUGCUGUUAAACAUUAAUCUUAGUUUCCAAAUGAUGGAAGCACUGUUAAACAGUUAUGAUUACUAUACUGGUAGUUGUUUAUCAUUUCAUUGUGGUUCAACGCUUUGUUAAUCUAUUAAGCAGAGGGGUUUGACACAA